AUGGCAAACGCUCUCGAAAGAGAGGAUCUCGAAAGCAUCACCCGCUUAGACUCCAUUCUGAGACACAGGUAUGGAAACGAAUACUUCCAAACAGUUCGCGUACGCGGCACGCAGUCCCAAGUCGCCGAGAGAUUAGGGAACCAUCCUCGAUCAGCAGGAAUCUGGUUUCUCGAAAUCUAUGUCGAGGGCACAUGUUAUUCCCUCUCAUAUCGACCGACGUUGUUCGAGUUGGACGCACGCCAGACAGGUCCACGGAUCCUUGAUCCCCGCACGGCCCGCGACCAUCGAGAGCACUCUGAAAAUGCCCGCUGCCUGCAACGAAUUGCACAAGCUCUGAAACAGCUCAUGGAGCUUGUCGGCGUAUCCAUCGAGUUCAAGUCUUGCGAAAAUCAUGAAGUGGAUUUUGCACACCUGGCUCAGCUCUUGAAGCAGGACAUGGUACAGACAAAUCUCCGCGAUGUUCGUCUCGUCGAUGGCGGCGGGAGUCUCUUGGCCCGCAAGAAGCUUCUCCUAGCCCUCAUGAAGAUGUGUGGCCCCUCUCAAGCUCGAUGCGUUGACUUUGAUCACCAUCCUGAAAUCGUCAACUUCUUCCACUCUCUCGGAAACACCCAGAAGCAGGUAUCAGCCCUGUGUGUUGGAAGUGAAGGGCACCAAUCUGUCGAUGGUCAUGUCAUCUCUAGACUUGAAGUGUUCGACAUUUGUCGCCUCGGGUUUCGGUUCCUGCAGUAA